GGCAACGCCCAUUUUUGAUGCGGUCCAUUUUCAAAAAUUUGUCUCUAAUUUCUUAACCAAAUGACAUUUUUGGGUAAAAAUUUCCAGUUUGGGGUAGUUUCAUGCGCAGAUUUUAAGUAUUACAUUAAAAACACAAUCCUAGCUAUCAUUCAUAUUUCAUUGAUUAAAAUAAACUUAAAUACAUCAUAUGCGGAAAUUGAAAAAAUGCAUGUCUUUGUUUUUAUAUAAUGUUGGGUGCGGUCAAUUAACCAUUUUGAAAAUUUACAGAACUGUUGUCCAUAGGUAUAGAUAUAUACUGAAGAAGUUAUGAGAUGGUAAGUUGUCCUGUGUAAGAAAAAGAAGCUUUUAAAGUUAUGAUAUAUUUCUAGGUAUACAGAACAACUUGUAGUCACAACUUGAAUACCCUUCUUCAUCUACAUUGUAUUUCUAUAGCAAUAUAAACGGAUUUAAAUCAACAUAGAUAACUACACUGAAAUUAUAUGUCAUCAAUUCCUCUUUUUGAGAGAGAGAAAAGCCUAUACCUGUAGAAAACAUUUGAUUGAUUUUAUAUAUAUCAUCAAAUGCUAUAAAUGCAUGUAAUAAAUCUGAAUAUUGUAUAUCUUUGCUAGAUUUAUGUCCCCAAAGAGAUCCUUUAUUGAAAAAUUUCCCCUGAUUUCCUUCAGAAGACCUUUUAUUUUGCGUGUUAUAUUUCCUAUACCUUCUCAGAACUGUCCACUAGUAGUUUCCCUGUAACUUAUAAAAUCAUUUGUAUCCUGUAACUGUUGAAAUCAUUUGCUUCUUGUUUUUGGCUUCUUUUCUUAGAUAAUAAAAAUUUACACAUUCAUGCAAAUAUCAAAAUACAGUUGUUAUGAGGUCAUUCUCUAACUAACCACAAAACAAAAUGUAUUUUGAUGAUUAUUGAAGGGUAAAUAUUGGUCAACAGCUUGGCAGACAUUGCUGGGGUACCAUAAAAGCCAGACUCCAAUACCCAGGACCUUUAGACACUAACAACAAAAAGGACCCUCAAUACCAAAGGUCUUCAACUUCCAUAUAAUAGUAGUUGAUCACAGUUGGUUGUCAGCAUCCUACAAUCCCGAUUUAAUCUGUUAUAAGUCAUUUAUCAAUCUAGAUCCUUUUGUUGUUGGUCCUCAAGGGUCCUGUAACAAAGGAUCUAGAGUCUGGUUUUUACGGUAUGCAGACAGGAAUGAUUUGUAGUGUAUGAUGUUAAUGUGAUGACAUAUAUUGUGGAGGUGCUUCCAAUAUCAACCCAUGUGAUGUGAUGUAAGGCAUGAUGAGGUAAUAUUUAUUUUGAGACAUGUGUACUUAUGGGCAGAUUUAUCAGUUAGGAGUCAGUUUUGGUUUAGGUUGCAGGUGAGAGCACAAUUUAAGAAAAUAAGUAUGUCGGUUGAAAUUUUGGAGAGCUGUUCUCUUGGUAAUCUGUUAGGGGAGGUAUGUCACAAACUAAGUUAUUCAAAGACGUCUGGUUUAAAAUUGCUUGCAGAAUUAAGCAGUGACGAGAAAUAUCUUGUAAUAUGGAGAACAGGCUUAGAAGACAGUAUAGGUAGCACAAUAUGUUAUCAUCACGAGCACACAGUUCUUAAGAGGUAUGCAAGUACAAAAACAAAAUGUUGCAAUCCGUUCAAAAAAGAAAAACACACUGCCAGAGGCUCCUUGAGAGAGAUUAGCUUAGAAACUGCAAAAGAAAUGAAAAUUUUAGGAAUCAAUGUUACUCCUGGAGACAAAUUAUGUCCUGCAUGCAGGAUCGAAACUGACAAGCACAAAGAGUACCUCCCUACAGGCUCAUAUUCUUCCAGUGAAGUAGAUCACGAUGAUAUCAAUGAGCAAAUGGAAUUGGAAAUAAGUGUUGAAGACAGUAGAGAAUUUCUGAGCUCUACUCUUAAUGAAGCAGAGGUAAGUCCAUUGAAGUUACAUGCUAUUGGAGGGCAUUCUAGAACCAGUUAUGGCAAAAGGAAAAUGUUACAGGUUCAAAGCAAAUUUCAAGAAAAACAGUCACAAGUUCAAGAAAGCAUAGCAUAUGUUUUAGAUGUGAAUCCAAAGGAGUUGGAAAACAGUGAAUCAGCUAUAAUUUCCAAGGAAAUCGAACAAAAAGCCAACGAUUUAGAUAUCAUGGUAGAUCUGAUGAAGGAGAAAAUUAAAGUAUCAUCUCGGAAAGUCAAGAUACAGAUUUUAACGAUGACACCUUUCUCAUGGACAGUAAGAAAAACUGCUAACUUCUUUGGAGUCUCAAACUACAUGGUCCGACAAGCAUUCAAACUGCGUAAAGAGCAUGGUAUCUUCGCAAGCCCAGAGCAUAAGAAAGGACAAGCAUUAUCAGAUGAUGUUGUGCUCCUUGUUACAGAUUACUAUUGUGAUGAUGAGAAUAGCAGGGUACUUCCAGGGAAAAAGGAUUAUGUUAGCAUUGGAAGGAAUCAACAUAUGCAGAAGAGGUUAAUCCUUUCGAAUCUAAAGGAGCUCUAUUCAUCAUUUAAAAAGCAAUUCAAUGAUAUCAAAAUUGGCUUUUCUAAAUUUUGCAUGCUCAGGCCAAAAUGGUGUGUAACUGUUGGGGCUUCUGGUACACAUUCUGUUUGUGUCUGCACUUCCCAUCAGAAUAUUACGUUGGCUCUCAAUGCAAUAAAGCUAGACAAGGAUUACCAUCACCUGUUAGAAUUGAUUGUUUGUAGCAGAGAUAAGAAAGAGUGUAUGAUCCAUCGUUGCCCUAACUGCCCUGGGAUUGAACCCCUGAAGAACUACCUUAGAGAACAACUGAAUGCGAGACCCAGCGACCAAGACGAAACAAGUGCAGAUGCAAAUGAAGUAGAUAAUACCUUCACCGAGGAAGAGGAUUACAGUAUAACAUUCAAUCAAUGGACUAGCACAGACAGGGCAGAGCUGAUUAAACAAACAGCACCACUUUCAGAGUUCAUAGAGCUUGUGGCUGAGAAGUUAGACAAGAUCACUGUUCAUUCGUUCAUAGCUCGGACCCAAGGGAAGUACCUGAAGCAGUGUAAGGAAGACUUGAAAGAAAGUGAAGUCAUUGUCCUUGUUGAUUUUGCUGAAAAUUAUAAGUUUCUUGUACAGGAUGAAAUACAGGGAUAUCACUGGAACAAAUCACAAUGUACCUUACAUCCAGCUGUUGUGUACACAAAGAAGAAUGGUCAGUUGGAGGAUCACUGCAUAUGCUUCAUAUCAGAUGAUCUAAAUCACGAUGUAGAUAUGGUGUACCAAAUUUUAAAAGAAACUUCAAAGCACAUAAUUGAAAGCAUCAAUCCUCAAGUGAAAUCUGUCAAUUACUUCUCUGAUGGAUGUGCUGGCCAAUUCAAAAACUGUAAAAAUUUUCUCAACUUAUGCUUCCAUCAUGCUGAUUUUGGCACUAAUUGCACAUGGUCAUUUUUUGCUACAAGUCAUGGCAAGUCAACAUGUGAUGGUGUUGGGGGCACAGUUAAAAGAAUAACAUCACGAGCAAGUUUGCAACGACCAUUUGAUAACCAAAUUCUAAGUGCAGUUGAAAUGUUUAAGUUCUGCAAAGAGGAAAUCAAAGGAAUCAACUUCAAAUUCAUACCAAAGGAAACAAUGGAAGUAACAAGGGCAACCCUCAAGACAAGAUUUUUGAAUGCAAAGACAGUACCUGGUACUAGGAGCUACCAUCAUUUUGUUCCCUUGUCCAGUUCGUGCAUUGGUGCAAAAAGAACGUCAAUUGAUGAAAAAUAUGCCUUAAAAUUUGAUUUUGCAUUGGAAGUAGAGCAAAUUCGCACUAGCUUCUCGCUAAAUUCUUUUACAAUUUGUCUGUAUGACAAGGAAUACUGGAUCGGGCUGGUAGAGGAAAUUGAUUCAGCUCAAAAAGACAUCAAAGUAAAGUUUAUGCAUCCGAAAUGCCCAGCAAGGUCGUAUUUCUGGCCAAUGAGGGAUGAUGUAUGUUGGGUGCCAGAGGAAGACAUACUUUCUACAAUUAAUGCCCCAACAACAGCAACUGGAAGGCAGUACAAACUACUUGCAGCUGAUGAGGAGAUCUUUAUUAAAAUAUUAUGAAAUACCAUUGAUAAGGACAUAAUUCGUAGAGCAAAAUUAAAAUGGAUUCUAUUACCUGUCUUAUUUUCUUGAUAAGCUUGAUUAUCAAGAAAACAUUUUGAAGCAAAAUAACAUCUAGAUCCAUUUAUAUUGCUAUAACUAUACAAUGUAGAGAAGAAGGGUAUUCAAGUUGUGACUACAAGUUGUUCUGUAUACCUAGAAAUAUAUCAUAACUUUAAAAGCUUCUUUUUCUUACACAGGACAACUUACCAUCUCAUAACUUCUUCAGUAUAUAUCUAUACCUAUGGACAACAGUUCUGUAAAUUUUCAAAAUGGUUAAUUGACCGCACCCAACAUUAUAUAAAAACAAAGACAUGCAUUUUGUCAAUUUCCGCAUAUGAUGUAUUUAAGUUUAUUUUAAUCAAUGAAAUAUGAAUGAUAGCUAGGAUUGUGUUUUUAAUGUAAUACUUAAAAUCUGCGCAUGAAACUACCCCAAACUGGAAAUUUUUACCCAAAAAUGUCAUUUGGUUAAGAAAUUAGAGACAAAUUUUUGAAAAUGGACCGCAUCAAAAAUGGGCGUUGUCACCAUUCUUAAGGGCGUAAACGAUCAUGAAUCAAAAAGCAAUAUCUCAGAAACAAGAUGUUAUAGCAGGCUGAAAUUUUUUCUGUAGUGGUUCUAAGACAUGGUGAACAGUUUGAAGAAAAAUAUAGCAAAAUCUGAGACAUUGGUGUCAAGGCUGUUUGAAAUGAUAUGGAAUUACCCCAUUGUAUUCACUUUAUUGUACCAACUCUAUUGUAUUAAUUCUAUUGUAUUCUACUAUAUUGAUUUUGUAUAUGUUAGCUCCAUUUGAUUUGUAAAGUAUUACUGAUGAAGACUUCAGCCGAAACGUUUAAGCGAUAGUGUUUUUUCUGAAUAUCUAUAUUUUUUUAUUACACUCGGUGCAUGAGCUUUUGAAAGUAUUUAUAUAUAUAUAACAUAUCCUAUAUAGUGCAAUCCCAUAUAUAUAACAAACUCUUGAUAUUAAGAACCUAAUUGUAAGUCUGUUCAUCAUAAUUUUCCUCGAUAUGACAAACUUUUCGUAAAAGAUAUUUUUGUCUACUUCCCGUUUUUUUGGGGGAAUCAUUAUCGCCAUCGUCAAAACAUAUAUGCAUCGGUGAACAUGCACUUUUAUGAUGCUGAAAAUUGGAGAGAAGAGAUUUGUGCAAAAGUUUACAACUUUUCAAGGCUUUAUGGCAUUUCAGUUAACAAUACCAAACACAGAAGACUAUAACAGACAUUUUCGUCCCCAGAUUUGGCAGCCAAAUUCAGCCAGCUAAACACAGUAUACACAUAGCUAAAUUUUUUCUAAUUGUGGGGAGUGAUAGUGUAAAUCAAAAUUUGCUUUGUAGGUUAACAAAAGUUGUCACUUGCUUUUAUCUCAAAAUGUCUGCUAUCUUUUACUUUGUUUCAUCAUUCAUCAUUUGCAAUUUUGAAAUUAUUUAAAAUGUUUUGAAAAUUAUCUGUGCAAACAUUUUUGUUUCCUUUGCAUUUUUGUUGUUUUUUGCAACAUGCGGCCAGAAUUCAGCAAAAUUUUGCUUCUUCAGCAAUAUCAAUUUAUGAUGACCAAAGGGUUUUGAGAAAUUGCCAAAAUGGAGAAAUUUUGCCAUCAAAACCAUUCAUCUAAAUUUCCUUCUUUGUUUAUGAAAAAUGAGUAGACUUGGUAUUAGAUGAGUGGUCAAAAAGGCCAAAUGGCAACUCUGGCCAUUUUUGAUAUUAUGAGCAUGUUUUAGCCUCUUUCUCGAGCAGGGUUGCCUUGAUUUGAAAUUUAGCACCAUUUUAUGACAAAUUUGGCAUAAUUCCAAAAUUGAGAUCUGGUCACACUGUUCACUACCCUCCUACACCCCCCUAUUUGGACUCUGCUCUGCUCUAAAUCUAGAUGUUGGUGAAAUUUAAUUUAAUGAAAAAUGGCCAAUAAUUAUUGUUUAUGCAUAUAUUGAUUAAGGAUUAUUGACAUCUGGCCAGUAAAGUACAUGACAUGGCAAACAUUUUUCUGUAAGCGUAGUGCCGUCUUUUGCUGAUAUAUUGAAUAAGCCAGUUUAUACCUGUGUAGAAAAUUCCUGAAGUCUUCAGAAAUAUUUUUUGUUAAAAUUUAAGUAGUUAUGCUUAGAACACAGUGAAGUAAAUUUCGUCAAAAUUAUUACUGUCAUCAUUGUCGUGUUAGCAAUUUCCAUGUAGAUCGAUUAUUGUUACCAUAAAUUUUGGCCAAAAAGAUGUCACAUGCCACUAUACGCCAAGAUAUUUCCAGGCGUGCGGUGGUUGGCACACCUGCUAUAUAUUUCCCACAUAAGCCUGCAAAGUUAUGUUUACUUUAAGAUUUCUUAAAAAAGACGCUCAUUUAGAAAAAUGCAGGUGUUAAAAAUUUCAUAGCAAGCACAAAUCUUUUGGUAAGGAUUACUGAGCAGUUUGGCUCUAAAUGAAGAGCAUUUAUGACAAACUAAUAAAAAUAAAGAAGUCAUACAAUGGGCCCUCCUCCCAUAUUUUUGCGUGAUGCGUUAUUGGCUAUAUUUUUGUGCAUGAAAUCGAGAAAUCUCGAUUUUUUAUGUGUGAUUUCUUAAUGACAACCACUUUGGGUGGCCCCUGUACAAGAUACAGUCAACACCAGUCCAUUUACAGGAAAUCAAUGGCGUAGCGUCCAUGUAUGCCACGUUUGCGGCGCAAGCGUAAAAAAUGCUGGGCAAAUUCUAAAAUUUUUGCAACAUUGUUACCUGUAAUAUAAACGUUGUAGCGGUAAGGUCAAUGUAUGAUAUAUUCCUAAAUAAACGGCCUCUCUUCCUGGUCAUGAACGGCAUGCAGUGAGCUCUUUUUGCUUGUCUUACUGAAUCAAACAGAGUAGCAAAAUAACCGCAAACAAUAUUUUGAUAGGGUAAGAGCAGUUUUUAUUAAAAUAAUCUGGGAUGAAAUCAAUAGGAAAUAAAAAUAUGUCAGGGUGCCCCUGUUCAAAUCAUAAUUGCAUUGAUAUCAGCAUUUCGCAUUUUCCUGUUUUUACUUUUGUGUUGGGAAUUUGAUAUCUUAUUGCUAAUGGAUCCUGGACAUUUGUGUUGAUUCUUUGAUGUCAUAUAGGUAAAAAAGCAACUCUAAUUUAUAAGUAUCUGUCAUCAUUUUUUGUUAGCUGGAUAAAAAGCUAUUCAAAAGGUUUAAUUUCCCAGGGACCUACAAGUGUGUUUUUCAAUAUUUGAUACACAUGUCAUGCUAUUAGUAAAACCUGUUCUGUUAAAGUAUUCCAUUCUGCAGUUAUCCUAAAUUUGACAUUUUAUGUUAUUUCAAGGUAAAUGUGUCCAUAUAAAAUGGCUGCGCUACAUAUCCAACUUGUCAGGUAACAUCACAAUAACAGCUUGUGAUUGGUCAGUAUUCUUUUGAUUCAAAACUGCUCACAGCAGUGUAGAAAAACAGAAUAACUGUAAUAGCUCAGGCAAUGACAUGAAAAAUCAUGUUUCUUUAAUCCCCAAAGAGUUGCUUGUUUUAGACAGUCGCGGGGUAAAACACGAAGAAUUUGAAAAAAGGAGAUAAAGCUACCCGCUUCAAAUAAUAGUAAAAUUGGAACAUAACUACCAACUCCAUAUCAUCUGAAAUUUUGUUGAACAGGAAAAAUCACUGGAAACUGUGAAUAAAACUAUUAAAAUUUUGUUGACAGCACCCCCCUCAAUGUGAAUGUCAUAAAGGUAUGGGACCCCAUCUUUAAUAUCUGCUGUGCAUCUCUCCUUGGAAGUUUUUAAGUUUAAGCUAUCUAGCAAUAAAGCCACAGGGUUAAUCUUAGGUUAGUUCAAGAGUAAAUUUUCAAAAGCUUGCCAAGUAAAAUUAGGCACCUAUCUGUGAUUUGUUGCUGUGACAUCACUGUAUUUCAAAGUUUUUUUGGUCAAAGCAAAUGAAAGUUCAGACCUGGUAGCUCUUCUCAUUAGCAAACCUUCUUUUACAGUCUGUCCUUCUCAAGAGUUCUACUAUUAUGAAAAAUCUAUUAUUAUGAUUUCUACUUCUUCUGUUUUAACCUUUUUUACUGUUAAUUUAUUCUCAUUUUGUUAAUUAAAAGAUUUGCUAGGUUGUGAAUAGCUUGGAUCACAGUCAUUAUCAAAAUGUUAUUGAAGGCCAUCAUGGUCAAGAUUUUUGACCCAUCGUUCUACUUUUAAAUGUAAAAUCUUGAAUAACUCACAAUGUGUGAUAAGGUUGCUGACUUACAGUGAACAAUAACAUACUUUAUUAAUAUGAAAGAUAAAAGGUAAAACUUAAGAUAGCUGAAGGAAAAAUUCUUGUACAAAUUGAAACCAGCAUGUACAAAUUAAGAGUAUAUUGAACAAUUGAUGACCAGGAUAUAUAGAGAGGCUUUAUUCUAUUAGUCUUAAUGACUUUCACUGGCUUGAAUGAUUUUAAGAUUUAUAUAAGACCAAUCAGCUGGAUAAAAUGUGUUCCUAGACAAGGCUGACAAAAAAGACAUGAAAUUAGCAUUUCAUAUCAACUGACUUAUUCAAAACAACAAAAGUUUUUUAUUCAACCCAUACUUUGCAUAGGGUACACAAGGAACUCAAUGCACAAAAAUAUGAGCUUCGUGGGCUUAUGAAGGUAACGUUUUCAAAGUUGGGAUACAUACAUUUAAGCCCAAAACUUUCUGACUGGUAGAAAAAGACCUGAAUAUAUUCUUACUUAGACUUUGGAAGAAAGGACCUCACGUUUAUAACUAUUUGCCUUUGACUUUAUUGAGGUCAUUUCUUAUUACAUAUAAAAUAUUAAUUUGCCAAGGAUCAUAUAUGAGGCAUAGACUGUUAAACAACUGUUGCUACUUUAGGGUUGAUUUCUGAACUGAAUUUACUAGUUUUCUACAAUAUUUUUGUACCUAUGAAUGUGAAAAAUUAUUACUGCAUUUCAAUACAUUUAAACACUGAAAUUUGAAACAUAAAUAGUUUGUUUGCACUCUGAUGUCUCCAAACUGCCACUUUGUGCCAAUAUUAUUAAUUUGAUUUUUCAUUCUACAAAUUUGUGAUAUUGAAAGAUUGCCAUUCCCUGAAUGUUUUGCAAUUUCAUGAUGUGUUAUGCAAUAUACCACCAUUUUAUCAGCAUACAGAUGAUAACAACAUUGUUUCAUUAAUCUUUAUCCAUAAUGUCAUUGUUUCAUGAAGAAUGCCUGAACCGAUUUUGCUUAAACUCAAAACCUCAGCUGAGUGGCAUUAACUUAUUCAGUUUCUUGCACCAUUUGCAAGCUAUUAUGCAGGCCUAUUUUUUCGAGACUCUUCUAUUUGUUUACGCAGCUUCUCUGUUUUUGGUUUGUAAAUGCCACAAUUUUUUUCAUAAUUAAAUAAUUUUCCUAAAUCAAUAGCAGUAGAAGAUUCACCGGGUUUCUGCUCAUGUAGAGCUGCACAAAUUGGGCAAUAAAUGCUACCAUUCCCAAGCUCAAAUUUCCCCUUGUAUGCAAAGUACUUGUUAUACUCAUCAUCAUUUUUGUCAAGAUACAGUAGAUACUCAGCUAGUUUUUGGAUUGACUCAAAUUCACUGGCAUCUAUGUAUGAUCCUGGAAUAGCAACUCCUUUGUCAUAAUUUGCACCCAUUACCACUGGAACAACAUUCUGAGUGAUUCUUUCCCAAUAUUUUUCGGUGACGUAAUCAUGGCAAAAAUCGUUUUCAAAUGCAAGGUAGAAUUUAUAAGUUGAGAGUUCUUUGCUGCAAGCAUCAUUAAAAUGAGCACAGCUUCUUUGGUUUUUGAACCGUUUACUGCACAAACCAUACACCGUUAAAGUAAUAUAUUUUUGAAGCUCGAGGGCAUAGUCCUCUCGUAGCAGCCCACAGUUGCUGACUGCCCAUGCAACUAGGCCAGUUUUUUCUUUCGCAUAAUUUCGAGUCACUUUAUGGGGGUUCUUCUUAGCAAUGUAAUUUGUGUAAGGGAUAAAUAUGUUGGAGUUCCGAUCAAAGGUUGCAAGCCAGUGAAAAAUCCCAUUAUAUUUGCCAUACAUUAAUGGAUCAUUCUUUGGGUUCUCGUGACUUAGGUAUAUCCAUUUUUGAUCCUUCUUUGAAAUUUUGUCUUGAACUCGUCUCAACUGUUCA